AUGCCCAUGCGCCCUCCUAUCAACUUCCCGAAGUGGCUGGAGGCCAAUGCCCACCUGCUCCAGCCUCCAGUGAACAACUUUUGUUUGUAUAGGGAGAAAGACUUCAUUGUCAUGGCCAUCGGAGGGCCCAAUCAGCGGAACGACUACCACGUCAACGAGACCGAGGAGUGGUUUUACCAAUACAAAGGGCCCAUGGUAUUGAAGGUUGUAGAUGAGGGUAGAUUCGAAGACAUAGUGAUCGAAGAGGGCGCCAUGUUUCUGCUGCCUGCUAAUACGCCUCACAACCCUGUCCGGUUCGCAAACACGAUUGGCAUAGUCAUCGAGACAGUUAGGUCGGAAGACUCCAAAGACACCCUGCAGUGGUACUGCCGCGAACCAGUGCAUGCAGAACCUGUUAUUAUUCACAAAGAGUCUUUCCAUGUGAAUGAUCUCGGCACGCAGCUCAAACCCGUGAUUCAGCGAUGGAUGACAGACGAGGAACUGAGGAGGUGCAAAGAGUGUGGCAAGGUUGCACCUCCCAAGUAA